AUGCGAUGUUCAGCGCUUGGCGGGGGUUUAUAUAGGGAGCGGAUCGUGGGAACGCACAGAGCCGUCGAGUUCCCACACGCGCCACCUGUGCGGAGCAGCUGCCGGCGCGGGGUGCGGGGGGACACGCGCUCGUCGCGCGUGCGCGCCGUAAACAAUCGUGCGCCGCACGCCGCGACGCUUGGCCUCGAGUCGAUAGCUGCGCGGGCGCACAACUCUCACAACACAAUGGCCCGGCGUCAAUUAUACUCUGAUCGGCUUGCUGGCUACUGUUGGCAGUCAUCAAUCAGAGAUUACUGGACGUAA